GCCGGGCGCGCUCGCCCCGCGGCCCCGCGCAUCCCAUCCCAUCCCACCCCGCCCCAUCCCAUCCCGUCCCGUCCCGGCAGGAAUUCUCCGUGCCCACGGGAGGCUGCCGGCCGUGGAGCGGAGGCUGGAGCUGCUCUCUAAAGCCGGCCGGCAACUCCGGGGUUUGAUCGCGCCCGCCGCUGCCGCCGCUGUGGGGUCACCCCCUCCCGCCGCCGCCUCGUUUCGCGGAAGGAAAAGAUUUCACCCGUUCAAAAGUAGAGAUUUCGCUGAGUGGGAAGGGGCGGUUUUUUCUUUUCUUUCCUUUUUUUUUUUUUUGGUCGCUUUUUUAAUUUUUGUUUUUCUGCUGUCGCCGGUGGUUUUGGGUUUCUGUGUGCGCGGCAGGCUCCAUCCCGCAGGACGAGAGGGAGGAAAGCCGCGUUUGCCAAAGCAGCCUUCCACCUGCUGCGAUUCAAAUAUUGUUAAGCAGCCGGUUCCUGCGGCCGAAUUAGAGGAAGACUGCCUGAGAUACUGAAAAAAAAAAAAAAAAAAAGGAGAAUUGGCAACGAGCGCCGAAGUUGUUGCAGACUGUUGGUCUGACUGCUGAGGAGGACGUGAGUGGGAGAGAGAGAGCGCUGUUGCACACACAAAACCACAGAGAGAACCCACAAUUUAACCAACAUCCCCAACCCCGAGUUUGCAGCUGUUGGACCUCUCAGCUCCGGCGCUUGCGAUCGGCUCUGACUUUUCUUUAAAUGAAUGAAAGGCGUUAUAACAAACAUAGAGAUUUGAAGCUUGAACGCCAUGCACUGAGCUUUUCUUUUCUUUUUUUUUUCCUUUUUUUAUUUUUUCUUCUUUUUGCGCAAGAAUGAUUGAAAGGUCAUGACACGAGCGCUCUUAGAGCAACGCCAAGCGAACUACUGAAGCUCAUUUUCAAGGCUGCUUUAAAAAAAAAAAAAAAAGGAAAGAAAAAGAAAAUCUGGCGGAGAACAUUAAUGGAUUCCUGUUGUGUUUAAAUUCUCUACAGAUUCUGUUGUAAAUAUUUGAUGAAGUCCGGUAGAUGUGCGUGUGCGUGAGUGUGUGGCCGUGAAUUUCUAUCCAGUUGUAGCCAGCUGACCUUUGCUCAGCAAGCCGAGCUCUCGAUCCGCCUCCUCCAAGGAACAGCCCCGAAUUUCCCUCCAAGAGCGAUUUUUGCCUCCAGAAGACGCCGGCGCCUUUUGGUUUCUCUUGGGACGGGAGAGAAAUCACCUGGAAGGACCUGGGGAGCGCCGGCUCCGCGCGUGUUUCCGACCGCCUCGGUGCUCGCUCGCCUCCCUGUUUUUACUUUUCCCGGCCGCUUUGGGAUGAGCUUUGGCCCCGCUCACUUUCCGCCUCCCGGCCGCGGUAAAGCCGCAUGAGCCUCGCGUUUAUCGGAUUAACGGGAUCUGUUCCGCCGGGCCAGCAAGCCGAGAGCUGAGGCUAUCAGCAAAAAACCAAAUUAACUCGGGGGACUCGGCAGCACCAAGCUCUCCUGGGAGCGGGGGCUCAGCCCGCGCCCGUUUAUGUUGGUCCCCAGAGAGCGGCUCGCUGAGGAGUUGCGCUCGCGUGGCCGCUUGGUAGGAACUCAGUGGAGGUGUUGUGUGGCUCUAAAGGCUUGUUGUGAUGCGUAUCCCCGUAGAUACCAGCACCAGCCGCCGCUUCACGCCGCCCUCCACCACGCUGAGCCCGGGGAAGAUGAGCGAGCCGCUGGCGCUGCCCGGCGCCGAGCACAGCGGGGCUUUGCCGGGGAAGCUGCGCAGCGCCGACCGCAGCAUGGUGGAGGUCCUGGCGGAUCACCCCGGGGAGCUGGUGCGCACCGACAGCCCCAACUUCCUCUGCUCCGUGCUGCCCACGCACUGGCGCUGCAACAAGACGCUGCCCAUCGCCUUCAAGGUGGUGGCCCUGGGGGACGUCCCCGAUGGGACCCUGGUGACGGUGAUGGCCGGGAAUGACGAGAAUUACUCGGCGGAGCUGCGCAACGCCACGGCCGCCAUGAAGAACCAGGUGGCGCGCUUCAACGACCUGCGCUUCGUGGGCAGGAGCGGCAGAGGGAAAAGCUUCACCCUGACUAUCACAGUCUUCACAAACCCUCCCCAAGUGGCCACGUACCACAGAGCCAUCAAGAUCACAGUGGAUGGACCUCGGGAACCCCGAAGACAUCGUCAGAAAAUAGAUGAGCAGACAAAGCCCGGCAGCUUGUCCUUUUCUGAGCGCCUGAGCGAGCUGGAGCAGUUGCGUCGCACGGCCAUGAGGGUCAGCCCACACCACCCAGCCCCCACACCCAACCCUCGAGCCUCCUUGAACCACAGCACAGCUUUUAACCCUCAGCCUCAGAGUCAGAUUCAGGACUCCCGGCAGGUGCAGCCCUCGCCGCCCUGGUCCUACGACCAGUCCUACCAGUACCUGGGCUCCAUGGCCACGCCCGCCGUGCACCCGGCCACGCCCAUCUCACCUGGCCGGGCCGGCGGCAUCACCUCGCUCACGGCCGAGCUCUCCAGCCGCCUCUCGGGAGCGUCUGAGCUGACGGCGUUCAGCGACCCCCGGGUGGGCAUCGAGCGCUCCUUCCCGGCGCUGCCGUCCAUCUCCGACCCACGCAUGCACUACCCGGGCGCCUUCACCUACACGCCCACGCCCGUCAGCUCCGCCAUCGGCAUCGGCAUGUCGGCCAUGUCCACGGCCUCCAGGUACCACACGUACCUCCCGCCGCCCUACCCCGGCUCCUCCCAGGCUCAGGGCGGCCCCUUCCAGACCAGCUCCCCCUCGUACCACCUGUACUACGGCACCUCGGCCGGCUCCUACCAGUUCUCCAUGAUCUCGGGCGGGGAGCGCUCGCCCCGCAUCCACCCGCCCUGCACCAACGCCUCCACGGGCUCCGCGCUGCUCAACCCCAGCCUGCCCAACCAGAGCGACGUGGUGGAGGCCGAAGGCAGCCACAGCAACUCGCCCACCAACAUGGCCAGCACGGCCAGGCUGGAGGAGGCCGUGUGGAGGCCCUACUGAGGAUGAGGAGGUCAGGAUGGAGCUCGAGGGUCAGGACUAACGCACUUCCCAUUGCCCGGCGCCCAGAGGGAUCCCAGAAACUUCCCCGCGGGCCCUGCCGCGUUCAUCCACGAGUUUCAGGAGCAAACCCUUGGGAAGUCAGCGCUCCC